GGGUAGGUCGCGGACGAGAGGAAGUCCACAUGGAAAAAUGGUAGCUACUAUAGUACAGUCUGCAUUUCAGUGGACAGUUAAACAACAGUAAAUAUUGUUUAUUGCAUGCUCCAUAGGUUGAAGAUAUACACCCAAAUACGUCAACGACAAAGCCAACGGAGUUGUUUUAGGGACCGCUGUUUUUGAAGCUGAGCUUCCAGCUGGUGCACCUGGGUGACGUCACACAGUCCUGAGUCGGGUGGAAGCGGAGCCAGUUAAUCCAGAGAUGUCAGAGAAGGUGCAGAAUGCCUUUAGGGUGCAGUUGUCCUCUGUCAUGGACUCCCUGCUCACAGCGGCUGUGUGUGAGAUCGCCAAAGUCUUUGAGGGCAGUCUGAGUCAGCAGCAGGAGGAGCUGACACAGAGAGGAGACGAGAUCUCUGCAUUGAAGGGGAAGCUGAAGCAGGCAGAGAGGAGGUUGAAGGAGGGAUUAAAAGGAGGAGAGGACCUGGACAAUACCUCUGGACAAACAGUCUCUUCCAUGAUGACAAUUUCUGAGACAGAAGAAGUACCCGAUUGGUGCGAGCCCCUUCAGUCAGAAGAUUCCUUAAUUCCGCUCUCAAAGAUCAAAAAGGAAAAUAAGUCGCCAUGGGUGGACCUGCGACCACUGAGUGUGUGUCUAUGGCGCAUCCCUAACAUCAAAAUAGAGCAGGCUGAAGAUUUUGAUAACCACCUGCUGACGGCCCUAGCCAGGAGUCCUCCACGAAAAGGGUCGGCUGCGGAGUGGUUGUUGAACAGACGGUUAAGAGACUUACCUGAACUGAGUGCGACAGGGUCAGGGUAUGGUCAGGGUUCAGUGGGACGCGGUCGGGGGCAGGGGCUGAGGAUGACCCAUGGUCGUCUGCUGCGUAUGCUCAAACAAGAAAAGCCGGAACCCCAGAGCAGUGACUUAUCAAACAAGAAUGUCUCAAGACCCCGCACAAGACAAGGAAAAGAUAGUGACUUCCAAAACAAACACAGUGAGGGCAGACAUGGGAAAACGAGUGACCUAGUGAAGAAGGUAGGAAGGAAAAGAAAGCAUUUCAAAAUGGAUCCUGAUGCGGACGAACAAGCGACAAUCAGUGGAACUGACAAGAGUUUCAGCUGCAAAUACUGUGGGAAGGGCUUUGGCCGUGAGUUUGGUCUUUCUGUGCACAUGAGGAGUCAUAAAAAGGUGAAAAUCAAGGGGACAUACAAAUGUCCUCAGUGUCCCAAAAGGUUUCAUUACCCAAGUGUACUUCGUGCACACAUGUGUAACAGCCACGAGAAGAAGAAACCUUGCUCCAGCGUCAAUGAAAUGUCAGACUCCAUCAAGCAAAAAGUGAAACCCCUCUCCCCCUGCAGAGCCAAGACUACUUCCUGCAACAACAAACCUCUCUCUGCCAGCAAGGCUAAACCUCUCUCCCCGAAAGACAAACCUACGUCCCCAAACAAUAAAGCUAGCACAUCCAAAGAAAGCAGCACAUAUUCAAAACUGUAUUCUUGUUACGUUUGCCUUAAGAAAUACUGUACUGCACAUUCCCUGCGGGACCAUGAGCGCAUUCACACAGGUGAGAGACCAUACCCUUGUAACCAGUGUGGGCAGAGGUUCCGUGUAAAGCAGUUCCUGAAAUUACACUUGCGUAAAGCCCAUACGAAUGUGUACGGGGAUGAGGAGAGCAGCGGAGACCUCUCCUGGACUGCACCAGUGGAGGAACCCAUGGAAAUUGGUGCAGAGCAGCAACCUGCCAUCAAGUCAAAAGGAAAAGAUGAUCAACCAGCAAAGGCAAACAGCAAAUGGAAGCAAAUGACAGAAACAGACGGCCUGUUCCAAUGCACAGUGUGUAAAAAGCUGCUAAGUUCACAGAUUAGCCUCGUUCAACACUUCCGCAUCCACACAGGUGAGAAACCGCUGAACUGCGAAGUGUGGCAAGAAAUUCCGCUGCCAUCCCGUCUUGAUCAGCCACCGGAGGUCCGCCCACCCGGGAAAGAAGUACCGGUGCCUGAAGUGUGUGAAGCAAUUUGAGACCAUGGCAGAACGUAAUAGACAUUUGCUACAAGUCCACCAGUUCAAGAAACAGAACCCGCGAUCCCACUGUCCUCGCUGUAGCAGGACUUUCCACAACAGUAACUACAUUAGGAUCCACUAUGAAACAGUCCAUGCCUGAGUCCAUAUGGCUUGGCUCAGUCAAAUUGGAAUGUUCAGCCGGGCCGAGGUCAAUUCCAAUUAUAUUCAGGAGAUACAUUUGUUACGUCUAUGAGAUACAUUUGUUACGUCUAUUUGAAGUUAAAUUUGGGAUUUGAAAAGUGCUGUUCAUUUUCAAUGAGGGUUUUUGUAAUCAUUGACUGAUGAAAAAGGAAUUGACCCCAACCCUGGUACCCAGUGAACUAACAUGAUGCUGAGAGAAGAUGAGGAAAGAGCAAACUCAAUAAAAGUUGAUAUGGUGAUCAAUCCGUUUUCUUGUGGGUAGCAGGUUGUCAGCUAAUCACUUUAUUUUUAUUUUUUUAAAGUCAGUGCCAGACUGGUUUAUGAUGAUUUGAUUUAGGCAUGAUUUUUGUAUUAUGUUUCCCGUUUUUGUUAUAUGUCUCUGAUAUUGUUUAUAUCAUGUAUUAUUAUGACAAAUGUAACAUUAAUUGUACUGUAUAUUGGGCUCCCUAGUGGCGCAGCGUCUAAGGCACUGCAUCUCAGUGUUUGAGGCGUCACUACAGACCCCCGAUUCCAGGCUGGAUCACAACCAGCGGUGAUUGGGAGUCCCAUUUGGCCCAGCGUCGUCCGGGUUUGGCCGGUGUAGGCCGUCAUUGUAAAUAAGAAUUUGUUCUUAACUGACUUGCCUAGUUAAAUAAAGGAAAAAUAAAAAAAUAUUGCCCCUGCACAGGGCAGAGAAGACCCAUGUUUCUAUCUCUUCUGAUAAUAUAUGUUUGUUCCAACAGCUUUUUUUAAACAUAAAUAAAAUCUGACAUACUG